GGCCGCCACCGGAGCCGUUCGGAUCUGCGCGAACAUGGCCGAAGUCGGCGAGGACAGCGGUGCCCGCGCCCUGCUGGCGCUGCGCUCGGCUCCCUGCAGCCCCGUGCUAUGCGCCGCGGCCGCGGCCGCCGCCUUCCCGGCCACCACGUCCCCGCCGCCGCCGGCGCAACCUCCACCCGGGCCGCCUGCGCUGCCCGCCGAGCUCGGCCCCGGGCCGGUGCCCUCCACCGCCGCCACUGCCACCACCACCGCGCCCGCCCUGGUGGCCGCGGCCGCUGCCUCCGUGCGCCAGAGCCCCGGGCCGGCCCUGGCGCGCCUGGAGGGUCGGGAGUUCGAGUUCCUGAUGCGACAGCCCAGCGUCACCAUCGGCCGCAACUCGUCGCAGGGCUCGGUGGACCUGAGCAUGGGCCUGUCGAGCUUCAUUUCCCGGCGCCACCUGCAGCUCAGCUUCCAGGAGCCUCACUUCUAUCUUCGCUGUCUCGGCAAGAACGGGGUCUUCGUAGACGGGGCCUUCCAGAGGCGCGGAGCGCCCGCCCUGCAGCUACCCCAACAAUGCACCUUCCGGUUCCCAAGCACGGCCAUCAAGAUCCAGUUCACGUCGCUAUACCAUAAAGAGGAGGCCCCAGCAUCGCCCCUGCGGCCACUCUACCCACAGAUCUCCCCACUGAAGAUCCACAUUCCGGAGCCGGAUCUCCGGAGCCUCGUCAGCCCCAUCCCUUCCCCGACCGGUACCAUCAGUGUCCCCAACUCCUGUCCAGCAAGUCCUCGAGGGGCCGGGUCGUCCAGUUAUCGCUUUGUGCAGAAUGUGACCUCCGACCUUCAGCUGGCCGCAGAGUUCGCUGCGAAGGCUGCCUCCGAGCAGCAAGCAGAUGCCUCUGGCGGAGACAGCCCCAAGGACGAGUCGAAGCCACCGUACUCCUAUGCGCAGCUGAUCGUGCAAGCCAUCUCCUCAGCCCAGGACAGGCAGCUAACACUAAGUGGCAUCUACGCCCACAUCACCAAACAUUACCCUUACUACAGGACUGCCGACAAGGGCUGGCAGAACUCUAUCCGGCACAACCUCUCUCUUAACCGCUACUUCAUCAAAGUUCCUCGGUCCCAGGAGGAGCCUGGGAAGGGCUCUUUUUGGCGAAUAGACCCUGCCUCCGAAGCCAAGCUCGUGGAACAAGCAUUCCGAAAGCGGAGACAGAGAGGUGUCUCCUGCUUCCGCACCCCCUUCGGGCCUCUGUCCUCACGGAGUGCUCCAGCUUCACCCACCCACCCGGGACUGAUGUCCCCUCGUUCCAGUGGCCUGCAGACCCCAGAGUGCCUGUCUCGGGAGGGCUCCCCCAUUCCACAUGAUCCCGACUUGGGAUCAAAGUUAGCCUCUGUUCCAGAGUACCGCUAUUCCCAGAGUGCCCCAGGCUCCCCUGUCAGCGCCCAGCCAGUGAUCAUGGCUGUCCCUCCCCGACCUUCCAACUUAGUGGCUAAGCCUGUCGCCUACAUGCCAGCUUCCAUAGUGACCUCCCAGCAGCCUUCAGGCCACGCCAUCCAUGUGGUCCAACAGGCCCCCACCGUCACCAUGGUGAGGGUGGUUACCACCUCUGCCAACUCAGCCAACGGCUACAUCCUGGCUAGCCAGGGCUCGACCGGGACCUCCCACGACACAGCAGGCACAACCGUGUUGGACCUGGGCAAUGAGGCUCGAGGUUUGGAAGAGAAGCCCACCAUAGCAUUUGCCACAAUCCCCGCAGCCAGCCGAGUUAUCCAGACGGUCGCCAGCCAGAUGGCCCCAGGAGUCCCUGGACACACAGUCACCAUCCUACAGCCGGCUACACCAGUGACUAUCGGGCAGCAUCACCUUCCGGUCCGGGCUGUCACUCAGAAUGGAAAACACGCUGUACCCACGAACAGCUUGACUGGCAAUGCUUAUGCCCUCACCAGUCCCCUGCAGCUCCUGGCAGCCCAGGCGAGUUCAUCCACGCCAGUGGUCAUCACCCGGGUGUGCGAGGUAGGGCCCGAGGAGCCAGCCGCAGCCGUCUCAGUGGCCGCUAGCGCAGCGCCAACCCCAGCCGUCUCCACUACCACAUCUGCCUCUUCCAGCGGGGAGCCCGAGGUCAAGAGGUCCCGAGUAGAGGAACCCAGUGGGACAGCUGCCACACAGCCCACAGCUAUGGCAGCCACUGGCCCUCAGGGCCCGGGAACCGGCGAGUGAAGUGUCACCUGCAGAAAGGUGGAGUGAAACUCACGCCACAGGAGCCCUAGUGGCCAGCAGCUACAUUCAAGGACCGAGUGGAAAAGCCCAUCGCGGCCUGCAGCCCUCGUGCAGGUGGCCGUUGCACUCGGACAAUUUCCUUUUUAUCUCCUGUCCUCCCAUGGUUUGAAACAAACACAUAAACACGUUCAGACAACUUGAUUGUAUGAAUCUGGGGGUUCUGUGUGUUUCUUUACCCCUCUCAUGCCAUCGCCUCUCCCCAGUUCUUGGGGGAGAAGGUCUAGCCCAGCUCCUCAGGAAUGGCUCCCAGGCAGCACCCACAAGAGCCUGAGCCCCAGGACUGGACAGAGCAUGGGCUCCUCUCCCUGAGAGUGGGGCCACGGACUUCCUAUUUGUGACUGAUCCGGGAAUAGACCAGAAAACAGAACGGCAAGAACUUCCCAGCCACAGGCUAGGAUACAGAGCCCUCUCCCCAAAAGUGACAGAGACUGUGGCAUUAACUGGGGUAAGGGAGGUCUACUUUGGCUUUGGACCCUAAAUAUAAAUAUAUAGCUAAAUAUGGAAUCCGGGCUCAUCUCAAACCUGAGACACACAGAGCAGGCCAUAUGUCUUUGAGGUUCCCCUUUGUAGGCCGCCAAGCAACAGCAGGCCCUGCGCUCGGCCACACCGGGCCCUGGUGAACGCGCCGCUCUCCCCGAUAACUCCAAGAAGGAUGGGCGGCUCCCACGUUGAUGUAUCAAAGAGCUUUGGGUUGAAAGCCCAAGGCCGGCGCCCACAGCACUGAAUGAGUCGAGAGCUGCAAGCUACAAACGGAUCUCCAGGGAAACCUGAGCCAGCUCCAAGGGAAGUCGGUCAGCCGCUUGCUCAGCAGGGAGGAUGAUGGAUAAUGGAUGGUAUGGGGCAGGAAGACAGCAGAGGAUCUGGGUGGUGAUCUGCUCGCACUGUCUCCUCACUCCCACCCACCCCCAUUCCAGCUGAGAACCCCAAGGCCUGUCCAGUUUGAAAAUGGAAACCCUCUUUUCUACCUGACCAUUAUCCUCUGGAAAGGAAGCUACCUCUCCGGACAGCAGUCGGUGCCAAGUUUGAUUACAGUGCAGCAAGAACCAAAGCGUGGGUGUCAGCCGAGGACGUGGACACCUGGGCAAGGUCCCUUUGCAUGCCGGACAAGUGACCAACAGCACUUUAACAUAUGCCACACCAAGUCUCGAGAGCAGGAGCCAUCAAAUUUCUCUCUGUGAGAAUGAGAGUUGAUUUUAUAGAAGCAGUCAUGGGGGCUGUGUGACAGGAAACUUCAAGGCAGCCAGAAAUUCAGUGUUGGUCCUCCCGGAGGGUGGUUGGCAAGCAACUGGCAAUAGCUUGGACAGACAGAGCCCCAGGAGACAUAACCCUGUCAUGGUAUCAAACCACCCACCAGCCGCCUUUCUCUGCCUGGUGCCGAUCAGAAGAGGCCAGAGGGCCCUGUGGGCAAAGAGCAGGCUGUACAAGCUGCCUUUGCUGGAAGGGACUCCAGAUCUGGAGGCUGUGGUCACAGGAGAGCAGAUGACCAGGUUGGAUAAGUCCAAGCUCCGCUGUAUGGCUGCUGCCAUUGAAGCCACCAACCCCCCCCACACACACACACACACACAUCAGGGACCAGUGCGGAGCACCUGCCCCCUCUCUUGAGCUAUCUCCCAAGCUCCCCAGCCAGUUGUUUCUGUAGUUCUCAGCUUCAAGCCAGAAGUAAGAUGUGUUUUGGAGGUCUCCUGCCUGUUGCCUGGGAGGGUUCAGAGAAGUGGGGCUGUCUUGAUAGUGGCUGGGGGAGGGGUUUCCCCUCAGAGGGGGCAGAGGGCUGGCCCUGUCUCACAUCUUCCCUUGGUACCUGGCAUGAACUUCUCUCUGUGUGCCUGGCGUGAGCGUGGGGUUAGGGAAGAAUGAAUGGGGUGGAGAUCUGAGUUGCUUAGGGGGCUGAGGUGACAAGGGACAUCGGUGCCAGCUGCUGAUCUUCCCCUACAUCACCCUUUACUCCAGGGCUGUCCAUGGUCACCCUCCAGGGCAGAUUAAAAUUGUAGAUGGUCACGGUAGACACUGGGUGUGGCCCCUGCAUGGAACUGUGGGUCAUCAAUUGCCACAUCUGUCAUCAGGACUUCUCAGUUGGCCCUAGGCAGGUUGUUGUCCUGGUUCCUGACAUGUGGGCUCCAUGCUCUGAUCUACACCAUUAACAGGGGCAUGGAAGGGUAUGGAGAGAGCAAGGGAACACACACUGUCCCGGUACAAGGCCUGAAGGCCCGGUUGGAUGGCCUGAGCUCCAAGGAAGCUAGUCUGGCGCUGCCACUCUGCGGGGUGGGUUUGGUCAUCUACUGGACAGCAUCUCUGGCUCGUGCCAGCUUCUGCCCACAACCCAUAGCUAUCGACCCCAGAGAGCCAGUGUUCAGAUCAGGGAUGCACAGCUAGCUGGGACGUGCUCCCAUGAGCUCUGAGCCAGGAGGGCCAUGUCCAUCCAUGCUGUGGCCCAUGGCUGGCAACCCUAGAGCACCCCACUAAACCUGGGCUAGGGGAACAGUUCAGGAGGUGAUGUGAAGCCCGGGGGCCUGUUCCUUGGGCCAAGGGGCAUGGCUUCAUCUGAGCUUGUCUUGUUGGUAAGUGUUCCCUGGUAGACCAGGUACCUGGCUGUCCACACAUCCUCUCUCUUCUGCUUCGUAUCCAGUGCUCUCCAUACUCACACAUGCUGCAGGCAUAGGAAGGCACCAUGGUGACUGGAAGUGAAGAGGAGACCCCCGCCUGGGAGCCUGCCUGCUCGCUCUGUUAUUUCUCCCCAUCCUCCUUCCUUCCUCUCUCUCUCUCCCUUUCCCUUCUCUUCCUGUCUUCCCCUCCCUCCUCCUUGCCUCUUCUGUCUUCUCCCCACCUCAGCUUUUAGCCUAGCAUCCAGGACAUGAUAGACAUGUCUAUACCAUCAGCUCUUGGAGUCUUGCCUUUGUUCAAGGUGGGUGUUUGGCUCACUGUCCAUGAUGAAGCCCCAUGGACAUGUCCCCUGCUUUCUGCGCCUUACAAUCUAGGGACCUACCAACCCCCAAGCUCAUCCCACAGCCCCAGGCCCGCCAGGUUUGAGGUGGUACGCUCCAUUCAUCUUCCCUCUGAAAGGAGGAAUGGCCUUCUACAAUAUUCUGCAAGAGCUGGAAAUGGGCAAAGGCAGGUGAUGGGGCCAGUGUCUUCCUUUAUAGACAAGGGGACCCCUUGGGCAGUGGUAAACAGUGUAAGGUGGAGGUUAAAGGUUAGUGAAAUGUAAGAAGAAAUCCUUCCCCAUAGAGAGAAAUGGGGGAUGGGUGGAAUGUUACCGUUCUUCCUCAAAAUCCUCAAAUUUCAUAACACCCACGUGACGUUGCUCACCCAGACCCUCCCUCCCCAUCCGAACUGCACAGUGCCUGAUUAGAAUAAGUCAGAAAGGGUUGGAGUCCCAGUUCUAGUGAAAGAUCCCUGUGUGGGGGGCGUCACAUCCUGGUCAGGAGAGGCAAAGUCACCACAACUGGCCACAGGGUCCCCCUAGGAUAGGUCAGGGGAACAGAGCGGCCACCUAUAUCCACACCUCUGGUCUCUCGGAAUACCUCUGCUUAGAAGCAAUAUUAAGAAGGAUAAGUCAAGCUUUUCCAAAGAUUGCCACUGCAGACACCGCUUCCCUCCAGAGCAGGGCCUCUGACAGGGACUGUGGCUUGCUGGGUCGGGUGGACGGGCAGAGAACAGAGGCCUUCCACCUGCUGCUUCAGCCGUGGUCCCCAUUUAAUGCCCCCUUCCACCUUGGGAGUUCUCUUGAACUCAGGGUGGUCCUUGCACCCACAUGCUUGUUGGGCUCUGGAUGUUUUGUUUGGUUUUGGGUGUUGUUUGUUUGGGUUUGUCCUGCAAGGUGAGCUAGGCCACUGUUCUACCACUGAGCUGCACUCCCAGCCAUUUUGAUUUUUUAAACUUGAGAUGGGACUCACAAAGCUGCCCAGGCUGGCCUUGAACUCCUAGUCCUCUUGCCUCAGCUUCCUGAAUUUCUGGGGUGAUGGGCCUACAGGCUGCCAUGGCCCAGCACUAUUUGCGUUUUGUCUUGUUUUUUGUUUUUUGGUUUUUUUUUGUUUGUUUUUUUGUUUCUAUACCAAAAGCUGCUACACUGGUGGCACAGCAGGGUGUGGCCUAGAUGCCCCCACAGACUGGCAUAUGGCACCCACUUCCCACAGCCUAGGGACUGUCCAAGAGACUUUUUCCUGGGGUUGUCGCCUCUCUCUCUGCCCUCCCUAAUCCCACAACUGCUUGGCAAGGGGACAUUUUUGAACCAACCACAGAUGUUUCAUUAGGGAAAGUCAUUUUCUACUCAUGUUAAAGAAUAAAAGCUCCCUGAGUGGUCAAGCUUCCCUCUAGCAGGCCUCAGCUCUGCUGCAGGGAACAUUCUAGAACCUGCCCCCCCCCCCAUGGGCACGGGCCACAACAGCCUGGGCAGGGCUGUCCCACAGAUGAGGCCAGCCGCAAACCUUCUCCAGGUACCACCUGGGCUGGAGACAGGACAGAGGGUGCUUGGAGAGAGGGAGUGGCCAACUGGGGGGGGGGGUGAGCCAGUGGGACUGGAGGCUGAGGGCUGCCCUCACAGCCGGUGCCGAGCCAGCAGUGGUAAAGAUCCCUCAGUGAGGAUGUCUGUCUGUCUGUCUGUGUAUGUGUGUGUGUCUCUCUCUCAAAAUACUUAAGAGUGCUUCAGUCACAAUGAAAAGCAUGUGUUUCUGUACUUGGGCUAAGCUGUCAAACACAGGCUGCCUAGGGCUCCCAGGACCUCUUCCCCUAAGCCCUCAUCUUUGGGUGCGUGUGUGCGCGCACAUGCGCGCGUGCGCACGCGCACACACACACACACACACACACACACCCCUGCCUUGUGAGAGUUAGAGGAUUAGAAGGGCCUGCUGCUUUACCUCUGAAAUCCUGUUCCUGUGACUACUCACAAGGUGACUGGUGUGGAGGCAUCUGGACCCCAGGCAUCCCAAGAGCCUGGGUGCAGACAGUGGCCAGGUGUGGUCCACAACCCCAUAUGUGAAGCACUUGCCACCAUUAGAGCAACCUCAGCACUGUCCCCUGAGUCCCUGGGACUGGCUGACUCUGCUAGAAUGAGCUCCGUGAUCCACUGAGUGUUCAUGUUCUCUGUCCUGUAUGUAUCCAAAUGGCACCUUGGCUUCUGAGUCUGAAUUUGCUGGCUUAGAACUUUUGUUUUUAUUGGUAAAACUGGGAAUUCAAAAAUCUAACAUCUUCAAUUUGGUCCCUCUCUCCCAUGGUCUCCUCUUAGCGUCCUUCCUGGGUGGGAGGGGCAUUUGGGAUCCCUGAUAAUACCUUAGCUUGAUUCCUAGGCUGGGAAAAGGUGGUGGGGGUGGGGAGGGGUGACCC